AUGUCUGAAUGCAACAUGUUUGAACAACAAAUUGAUGAAUUUUCAUCAACAUCUAGGGAGAUAAUAAAGAAGUUUGAAGAUGUUAUUCGUGAAAGUAGAAUGGGAAAAUUUUAUAAAUAUGAAGA